AUGAGCUCAAAUGUAGCUCCGUCUGAAAGUAAUGGCGACAAAAGAGCUGGACCUUCAAAUGUUGUUCCUGUACGGGACAAGAGACUGAAGACGAUAGCAUGUGAUCGAUGCAGACGUAGGAAGGUGAAAUGUGAUGGCGAUGGUUACAACAAAUUACCUUGCAAAUAUUGCGCCUCAGUUGAUUUAGAGUGUACCUACAAUGGUCGUCAGCUUGGACGAGUUUCCAAUGCAAACGAUCAUUCUUCGGCCACAAAUGAUAGAUCAAACCAAUCAACCAACGAUCGUAACUCUCCUACUCGAUCAUCGCGAUCCCCCACAACUGCAUCAAAUGUUCCGUCCAUUAACAAUACAAGCAAUAGUGUUAUGCUCCGCCAGAGAAAAACAAUUUCUCGAAACAAUAGAAGAUCUUCUUUGUCUCUUUCCGCUCCCUCAAGAGUUAUCCCGAAACCUUUACCCGCGUUUGACGAUCGUGAAUAUAUCAUCAAGUUAUUUACCCUGAUGACUAUGAAUAAUGAGGCUGAAGUUCGCCAAAAACUCAUUAAUUACUUACCUCCUCAGCAAGAGAAACCAAUGUCUGAGCAGCGGCCGUCACUCGCGCAAAACACCGCGCCAGUGAAUGAUGUCCGAUUGAUCGAAACCCUGGUUGACCUUUACUUCAGGAACUUUCACCCACUAUUUCCCAUAGUACACAAAUCAUAUUUCAUGGAGAGCUUCAAGAAUCCAACCAAGACUGUCCCACGUUUUUUACUAUACGCCAUGUGUACGAUUGGUUCGAACUACCUUGAUAACCGCUCUGCAUGGAUAGAUCCGCACAUUGGCUCGUCUUACUAUUAUCAUGCGCAAGGCGAAGUCAUAGGUCAAAUAGGAAAAGUGCGAACAAGACUAACCAAAAAGCGCAUGCAAUUACACAACACAGGUAUGGUUGACCAAUUCCUUGACAAAGCUACACUAAGCACCGCAACAGCUCUCCUCCUGUUAGGCAUAUUUGGAUCUUUGAAUUUCAAAGGCCGAGUUUUUGUUGGCAUGGCCACCACUUUCGCUAUCACGAUGGGAUUACACGAUAAGAAUGCAUCCGAAAACUUUUCGGUCAACAAAAGGGAAGCAAGAAAAAUGAUAUGGUGGGGAAUUUCAAUUGUUAACCGUUUGGAAUGUAUGGCUUUGAAUCGUCCGCUCUUACUUGAGGAGAAGCAUUGCACCGUCGAUUAUCCCGACCCAAAUUUAUGCGAUGAAUCAGAAUCGAAAAUCAUUGGGUAUUUCGUGCAAUACUCAAUAAUCACAAGGAUCAUGUAUGAUAUCUUGGAAAUCUCCAUGGUGGACGACCAAGGCUCGGACUUUUCCGUUUCGCACCUGGAGGGACGACUUGACGAAUGGAAGCGCAACCUUCCUUCAUUCUUGAACAUCGAGGAUGCCAAACCUUUGACGAUAACUCCAGAUGAAACGACCGUUGAACACUUGAGAAUCUAUUUAUGUAUUCUUUAUAAUUAUACGUUAAUAAGAAUCCAUCAUCCAAAGAUCUUGUCUAAUAAUAGUUUGGAGGCUUGUACACAGGCUGCAAACAACAUCACGACCCUCGUGAAUGAAAAUUUUGUCAGCCUUAUUAAUAGUAAUCAGUUCGUGAUCUAUUGUACUUUAUGCGCGGGGUGUAUUCAUGCUUUUAAUCUCAAAAGUUCACAACAUUCGGUCAACGCCAAGAAUAGCAUUUUUCAAAUAGUCGAAGUGUUUAAAAGUGUACUCUCCAUAUCAUCAUUGCAUAAUAUACAUUAUGGAAUAAAAAACCUUGUUGUACUGUUUGCUUUGCAACUUGAAGAGGCAGCAUCGGGUUCCGAUGAACAAACCAUGCAAGUUGUUAAAGAUGCGUUGAAUGUAGUUACCGGAAACACGAGGAUAUCAGAGAACCACAGCAUUUCAACAGUUGUAGAAGUUCGACAUAACGGUGUUGGGGACGAUAUUGGUAAUAUUAUCAGUAACAAGGGUAUCCUGGGUCAUUCGUCUUCUCAGCCAGGUAUUAAUAAUAUAUUGGCGCAAACGGCUACCGCGGGUUCAACGACAGGUUUGCCGCGAAUACAUCAACAGAGUCAACCUGUUUUCUCUUCCUCGCCAACAUCUUUAUCACCAUUAGGUCUUCCACCGGUGAAUUCUGGUAAAAUGGAAGCCAACAAUAAUAACAACCUUCUUGGAAAUUCAUCAUUGAUAUCAGACAACUAUACAUCAUCGCAAUAUGGUCAGCACCCACAGAAUAGUCCGAAUCAUUCUUCACAGACGAGAUCGAAUGGUGACAACUCGUCGAGUAUGAACAAUUCUUAUUAUUAUUGGACGCAGCAUAGUAACCAACUGCAACCGAUUCAACCGCAAAAUCAUCAGGCGUCCUCCCAUAAUGCAUUGAUGUCACCUACCUCAGAAACGUCAACACUUUUGGUACUGGGUAACUCCCAAGGUUCAUCUGCAGCGUCGAUGAAUAUUGGAAGGACCGCGACGCCUUCAAUGACCAUGACGCCUACUUCAUCGUCAUUACCACCAUUGAUAAAUACCACAACUUCAGCCUCGACAUCAAUAUAUUUGCCAUUUCCUCAAUAUUCACCCGCUCAGCAACCAUCGCAAACUCCACAUCCAUCUCAACCAAGACAAUACUACCUGACCCCCAGUAAUCCGAAUCCUCCUAGAAAUUAUGUUGCGGGACCGGAAAUACAAGAUGGAUUGUCUUCGAUGACGGGAAUGACUUCGAUCAACGGAGUGAGUAACGGUGGUGCUCCUACCCUGAUCUCACUACUUGACAAUCAGAGGAACAAUCAAUCAAAUGAAAUUGGUCGAAAGUCACCAACGCAAUUCCAUUGGUAUCAAACCUAA